AUGCAUGAGUUUAAUGGCCAAGUUUAUUUUCAUAAGCAUGAUUACAGUAAUUUAAUUAGGGCACGCGGUAACAUGAAGGCUUUUACACGUAAAGCUGAAACUGGUAGUUCAUUUAAAACUGGAGGGGUACCCGCUAAACCUAUACCGCUGCCAUACCAAGGAGCCAUUAUGAGCACGGUAGAAGAAGCAGCACCUGUAAUAAUUUGUGAAGUAAAAAAUUCAUAUGACAGUGAUGGAUGCCUAUUAAGUUCAUUGGAGAGGAGGAAGUGA